ACAUUGCAAAUAUAGAUGCAGACUGGCCACAAAUUGAAGGGUUCUAGGCUGAGGGAAGACCUAAUGGGGAAUAACAAAAAAGCUACAGAAAUGAAGGCAGAGAAGAAAAAGAAGAAACAGAAGCAUAUUAUGCCAGAAAAAGAGCAGCAGGAGCACAGACCUGAGCUGAAAAAACAAAAACUGGAGGGAAAGGAGCAGGGGGUGAAGGAGCAACAAGAGCUUACCCCAGAGGAGAAGAGGACUUUGGAAAGAAAGCUGAAGAAAGAGCGCAAGAAGAAGGAAAAGCAAUUAAUGCGAGAAGCAGGAAUUGUAGCCAAGAAGGAAGAACCGAAGAAACCAUCAGGGUCGGAGUUGGCGCUAGACUAUUUAACUAGCUGGUCUCAAAACCCAAAAGAAUGGAAGUUUCAAAAGACAAGGCAAACAUGGCUUCUUUCGCACAUGUACAAUAAAGAAAAGCUUUCAGAAAAAUAUGGCCCAGUCUUCACGCUCCAUUUUGGUUUGCAGAAGGUUGUGGUGCUGACUGGCUAUGAAGCAGUGAAAGAGGCACUUCAGAGCAAAGCUGACGAAUUUAUCGACAGGCCGCCUAUCCCAAUAUUCUCUAAAAUCCAGCACGGGAAUGGUGUUGUUUUCUCUGUUGGGGAACUGUGGAAGAUAACCCGCCGGCACAUCCUGACCAGCUUGAGGGAUUUUGGAAUGGGCAAAAAAGAGAUUGAGGAGACCAUCCUAGAGGAGCUGCAUUUCCUCAUGGAGAUGAUCAAGACCUUCAAAGGUGCACCCUUUGCCUUAAAAACAGUGGCCACUGCCCCAACAAACAUCACCUUCACCAUAUUGUUUGGGAGCAGGUUUGACUAUGCCGAUCCCAUUUUUGUCACUCUGCUGAAACUUAUAAAUGAUGUCAUGACCCUCCUGGGAUCUCCAUUCUUGCAAUUAUUCAAUGUCUACCCAUUCCUAGGAUUCCUCUUCAAACCCCACAAGAUGAUCUUGAGAAAAUGUGAAGAGGCCUGCGAGAUUCUGAGGAAAUACAUCCAAGAAAGCAAGAAAAGUAUCAACGAGAACAACUUACGGCACUACAUUGACACAAUGGUGCUCAAACAACAGGAAGAGGAAACAGACAAUGGCAAGGUCAUAUUCCAUGACGCAAACAUACUGGCCACAGUUCUGGACCUCGUCAUGGCUGGGACGGAGACCACCGCCACUACACUGCAGUGGGCCAUUCUGUUGAUGAUGAAAUACCCUGAGAUUCAACAAAAGGUCCAAGAAGAAAUCAAGAGAGUCCUCGGAUCAGAACGGCCGCCCACCUUUGAAGACAAGAAAUGGAUGCCCUUUGCCAAUGCGGUGGUCCACGAAGUGCAGAGGUUCAGCACCAUCCUGCAACACUUGCCGCGCUGCACUUCCGUUGACACGUGCUUCCGCAGUUACUUCAUCCCCAAGGGAACAAUGGUGAUCCCUUCACUCACUUCAGUGCUGUUUGACAAAACUCAGUGGGAGACUCCUGACCAGUUUAACCCCAACCACUUUCUGGAUGCAAAGGGGAACUUUGUGAAGAAAGACGCCUUCAUACCCUUCUCUACAGGCCGCAGGAGCUGCCCCGGAGAAAGCCUGGCCAGGAUGGAGCUCUUCCUCUUCUUCGUAGGGCUCCUCCAGAGGUAUACCUUCCACCUCCCUCCUGGAAUGACCAGGUCGGACCUUGACCUCACCGCCGAGGUUGGCUUCACUCUGCGGCCCAAGGCUUUCUCGACCUGUGCCGUGCCCUGCGAAUAGAAUGGCAGAUCUAGGUGCCUUUCUGUUGGCUUGUUUGCACCAGCAGAUUUUCUGGAAUCGUUAUCUGGAAGCGUGGAGCCCCUUUCUGACUUCAGCAUGGAAUACCAGAGGUGCCUCAGCAACACGUCCCAUUGGGCAUGGGGCUUUCUCCCGCUUACAUUUUUUCCCCUGGGAUUUGCAAAGACGAAGGCUAUUGUCAUUCAGCGUUUAAAGGACAUUGAGUACCAAUGCCUAGUUGACCUUGGAAAUAAAUGUUGUUCCCCUUUA